AAUUUUGCGUAUUGUCGAUUACGGUUUAGAUUGUCAGGGGCGCUUGAAACGUUUAGAACCGACGGCUUCUUGCAUAUUUUCAAUGCAAUUUUGAACACAAAAUCGAUUUGUUACGCGUUUUGUUCAAUUAAAUCAGUUAGAUCGAUACUCCGAUAGGUGACAUUUGAUAACGCAUCAGUUUGCAAAACUAAAAUCCUAUAUCACAUAUUUUUUAACUUAGUUCCCUCAGCUCGGUCUCGAUUCCAUUUUAUAGUUGUGGUGGAUAAUUUGUUUUGUAAAGUUGUGGUGCUGUGAAUCCAUUAUGUGGAUUUCUGAUUGAACGAUAGCUAAUUGGAGUUCAUAGGAUCAACGAAGAUGACUUUUGACACAUUUCGAAUAGCACGGUUGAGAAGAAUUCAGUACACAUACAGUCUCAUAGCUCAAUACAACUACCUAAACUGUUCGUAUCGACUAUCGCUAGUAUGUUGCAUAAUAUUAAACGCACCCAUUCAAUUUUUCAUUGUUUUCAAACUCCGCGCAAACAAAUUUACAUUAAGCCUUAAUGGGAAUGGAUGCAUUUAGUAUUAUGUGACUUGUCGCUGCUGUCUAUUUACGUUUGACACUUUGCAGUCAUUGGUUUGUAUUAAAUCAGAGCCAUCACCUCAUCGUUGCUUGUGUAUAAAUCAAGUAACAUAACCAUUCAUUUAUCGAAUAGCAUAGCGAUAUCAACGAAUGAACAUUUUUCUCUUGCAGAAAAAAAAACACACACAGCAUUUGUGCCACUUGACAAGUUACAUUAAACAUCACAAUGCUCGUUCGAUUGUUUCGUCAUUUCCAAAGGAAAUGUCUAUUGCUCUUAUUCGCAGUGUGUAUCUUGUGUAUUUAUCUAAGUGCAUUCUUUUUACGAGCUUAUGAUCUGAAGAAUAAAAUUUUGUGCUACAAACAUGUGGAAUCAAAGGAGAGUCUGUCCACUUCGAUGGUAUAUUUUGAUGAUAUUUCGAAUGCAAACAAGCAACCAAUACCGGGUAAAGCGAUUUUUUUCCACGAAACAUCGUGUUCAACGACGGGCAUUGCGAAAUUAAAUGCAAAGCAAGCAUGUGCCAUUGAAUCGACAGCACUGUGGAAUCCUGACCGUGAUAUUUUUGUUAUAUUUGCCUCAUCGGUUGGACUGGACAGUAACGAACACAUGCCACCAUUCAUUGGUGAGCUCUUAAAAUACGAGAACAUUCAUCUUCGAAACAUGGACCUAUGGGAAUAUUCAGCUGGCACUCCAGUUGCCGAAUGGGUGAAAACCAAUGAUCUUUUCAAAUCGAGAUUUUUAUACGAACACAUGUCAGACUAUUUACGGGCGGUAACAUUGUACAAAUUUGGUGGUCUUUAUAUGGACUUGGACAUUGUUGUGCAGAAAAGUCUGAAGGAUUUGGGUGAAGAUUUUCUCGGUGACGAUUGGGGUGAAGUUGUUGCCGGUGGUGUUAUGCACUUGAACAAUUUUGGUAUUGGACGAGAAGUUUCCGGACGAUAUUUGAAAGGUGUGAUUAACACUUUUGACGUAGAUGAUUUCUUGGCAAAUGGGCCCACGUUGUUGACACAAAUCUGUGCGGAUAUUUGUAAAACAACGAAUCGAACACUAUGGACACGGGAACGUUGCUCUGGUCUCAAGCUGCAACCAAAGGAAACAUUCUAUCCAAUCUCUUGGACCGAUUAUUUGAUGUAUUUUGAACCGGUUGCACGAGAAGAAGCUCUGAAAUUAGCUAUGAAUUCAACGUUAAUUCAUGUGUGGAACGAUCGUAGCAGCAAAAUAUGGAAUAAAGUCGGUACAAACAAUGCUUAUCAAAGCACAGCCGAAAAGAAUUGUCCAUUAGUUUGGGGGAGUAGCGAGUAUUUUUGAAGAGUUACAUUGAAAGAAAAGUACUUCAGAGAAGAAUCCACAUGGAACAUAAGAAACUUUUUAUAUCAAACUAAAAAUGGAAAUUUUUGGUGUUUUUCCAUGAACAGAUAAGGCGGUUUUUUUCUCUGUGUUGUUUUCAAAAUCAACAAAAACUAUCGUAAUUUUGUUGCAAAGUUCAAAUAUCUGUAAAGAGAAGUUAAAAUAUAAUUUCAGAGUACAAUUACUCCAUAUGCUCAAAAAAUAAAAUAAAAUAACAUUCUUGACUACUUUGGACUGUUUUCUGUGUUAUACAGACAUUUCAAUUUUUUUUUCCAAUUUUCUUCCGAUUGAUAUCUGUCUUUCUUACAUUUUACGUUAUCUUUUUCUAUCUUUGUCGUGAUUUUUUUUUGCAGUCAUCGUAUCAACUUCGGUUUAUUAAAUGCGAGACAUAGAUAGAAAAGUACCAGGUAUAAAUGUGCAUUGUGCAUUGGGUCGAUAGAUUUCUGGUGUAUGAUGUAAUCCUGAAGAUCUCACUGAUAAUGGAAAAAAAUACGAUCGAUUCUAAUGGAAAUAUUUACUCAGCGAUAAAAUUAACUGUCGUUACUUGUAGCUAAAACUUAAUUGACAUUGAAUUUUUACCCAUUACAAAGUUUAUCAGUUCAUUUUCAUUAUUGCGGUGUUUAGAUCAAUAUAACGAAUCAAAAAUGACUCGAAAAUCAUGAACUGUGCACAAAUUCCGAAGGAAAUUCGUGUUCCCUGACUGAGACUAUGCAACGCAAGCUUCUAUCAUGCAGUUUAUCUCGUUCAACUAUUCUCUCAACAUUUUCCCUCCAUUUUCUUCUUCUCCCUUUAAGUUUCACCAACAGCGUUUUUCCAUAUUAAGCUGCCUUAAGGCAUGCAUGUAACAAAUGAAAUUGAAUGCGAGUUUUCAUUCAAACCACUUUCAAUAUACAUUUGGAAUAAAAUGGAUUAGUUUAAAUCUUUGUUUGAUCAAAAAUUUACAGUAAAACUUGAAAAUAAUUUAAAAAAAAACGUCAUUUAGUUUCUAUUCAGCAAAGCAUCGCAUUACAUUCGCUAUCUUUUAAGUUUUGGUUCGAUAAAUAACGAUUUUAUCAGUGUUAAAUGGAGACCAAUUUGAUGGACAUUUGAAUACCUAUUUGAUAGACGUCAAACCGACUGCUAUAUUCACUGCUCUAAUUAUUAGUAUCCGAUAAAUCCGAACGAGAACCAAAUAAGUGUGUAAAUUAAAAUUUAAAACCAGAUCAUCGUCUCAUCAAUGAAAUUUUAUUGAUUGAGACAAAAUUUUCACUUUCAAAGCCACUACUCCAAAAUAGUAGAAACUAGAUGUUCACAUUUCACGAGCGAAUCAACUUAGUAGACUCACUUUGGUCGAGUUGUGUUUGUCAAUUCUCUCUUUCACAAAUUUCAUUUAAUGCCAAAUGAAUAUAAUUAGAUCAUUGAGUUCGAGUGAGAGAAGCACGAACGGAGAAAUAACAAAAAAUCAAACAAAGCGAUAUGUUACAAAAAUUAUCGCCUCACCAACACCACCGAAAAAUGCGAGUGAUAAAAUGCCAUGGUAAUUUAUUCUCGUUCGUCGAUCGAACUCGUUCUCUGUGACAUAGUGAUGCGAAUGGUAUGUAUUUCUGUCGGUGUGUUUCGUGUAUACAGACAUUUCCUGGGCAGUGUUUGUGAUAAGAUUGGUAAUGGUUUGUUUUUAUCACAAUUAUUUUGGCUUUUUCGGGGCCUCUUGAAUUUACUCAAUUUCAGUCUAUAUAUAGUGUUGAUAUUUGAGCAUCACAAUGACCGUACAGUUCGCAAGCUAUUUACGAUAUUCACUUGCGUUAGCUUCUUCGAUCGUUUUGACCGUAACCAUUUUGACCGAUUCAAGGUUUCUACGAAGUGAUAUCAAAUUCCGAACGCCAAGUGUCAAUGAAUUAGAACCCAGUGAAUUAAAUGGUAUUAAUCGUUGUUAUAAGUCACCCAGUGCACACGGUUCAAUUAGUUAUUUUGAAGAUAUUUUGGAUGCGGAAAAACAGCCUACGGUGGGCAAAGCCAUUUUUUUCCACGAAACUACGUGCUCAGAGACAGGCAUCGUGAAACUUAACGCGAAGUAAGUUAUGUACAUUAAUUGAUCACCAUUGAAAAUACGUCGUAUUGAAAUUUUCAAUGACUUCACACUUUGGUGUGAGAAGACUCAUUCAUUUGUUCAGAUUUUUCAAAUACUUUUAAGAAACAGAAAAAUUUCUUACUGCUGAGUAUUUGAUAGAGUCUUUUUGGGCAAUGCUCAGAAUCGAAUUGUGGUUGAACCUGAAGUACAGUCUUUUCAAGCUGAAUGACAAUCAGUUCAAUCAAAGAAAAGACUGUGCAUUGUCUUCAUACUUUGAAAAAAAAAAAAAUUCCAUAAAAAUCAACUAAAGUCUCUUUUUCCCAUUUGUUUUGAUUAGGCAAGCAUGUGCCAUUGAGUCAGCUGCUCGGCUGAAUCCAACCCGUGAUAUAUUUGUGAUAUUUGCAUCUCCAGUUGGAGUUAGAGAAAAUGAAAUGUUGCCACAAUUCUACAACAAACUUCAGACCUAUGGCAACAUUUAUGUUCGAAAUAUGAAUUUAUGGCGAUAUUCAUUCAAAACACCAUUGACCGAUUGGCUCAAGAGCAAUAAACUCUUUGAGUCAGCAUUCCUAUUCGAACAUAUGUCAGAUAUAGUGCGUGCAAUUACACUGUACAAAUACGGCGGCUAUCACAUGGAUUUGGAUGUGAUCGUUCAGAAAAAUAUCGACGAUUUGGGCGAGGACUUUAUCGGCGAUGACUGGGCAACGGUUGUAAAUGGUGCCGUUUUGCAUUUGAACAAUUACGGCAUCGGUCGUGAGAUUUCACAACGAUUUUUUGGGUAUUUAUUUUUUGUUUAGUCCGAUUUUAAUGUUGAUCUUUUGUUCAGCUCGAUGUUUCCAUAAUUUUUUACAGGGAAAAGUGUGAAAAAAUCUUUUUUUUUGGUUAAAAAAUCAAGUUUUGAUGAAAAAAUUGGUUCCAACGACGUCAAAUUGGUUUGGUUUAAAAAAAAAAAAAUCAAUCAAAAAACUUCGAAUUUCAAUGAAUUUUUUUAAUAAUCAUUUUUUAAUAUUACACAAAAAAAAAAACAUGAGAACAAUUUUCUGUUGUUCAAACCACAGCACGUUUUUAAUCGAACAAUUUUUUUUCUACGAAGCACAUUUAUACAACCGAGAUAAAGAAAAUCCCACAAAAAUAGUAAAAUGAUUCGUUAAUUGCAUUAAUUAUUGUUAAUGAAUAAAAUCAUUUGCAAUUUCAGAGAAGUGAUAAAAAAUUUCAACGGAACAUCGUUCAUAGCGAAUGGGCCGAAGAUGUUGACACGAAUCCUGGAGGAUAUAUGCUCAACAGAGGAUCGAACACUGUGGACACGACGUCAAUGCCAAGGCCUAACCAUUCAUCCCAAAGAAACAUUUUAUCCAAUUUCAUGGUCAAAUUACACGUUGUAUUUUGAGCCAGAAAAAUUGGAUGAAGCUCUGAAAAUCAUUGAAAAUUCAACAGUCAUUCAUGUGUGGAACGAUCGCAGUAAAGAUAUUUGGAAUAAAUUCGGUAUAAAUAAUGCUUAUCAAGUAGUUGCUGAAAGAAAUUGCCCAUUGGUUUAUUUUGAUAGCGAGUACUUUUGAGAACAAAUGUCAUUUUCUUUAUUGACUCUAUGAAAUCGUGAUGUUUAGUUUUGGGAAUGUAAAUUAUAAGUUAAACAAAAUUACAGUGUAUACUAGUGGCCAACUAAAUCACCACAAAUUAUGUAAAUAAAAUUCUGUGUCGCAAUUGAGACAAUAACAAA